AUGCCUUACGAACGUCUUGUUCAAGUAGGUCGUGUAGCCUACAUUGCUUACGGUCCAGAAAGAGGCAAAAUUUGUUGUAUAACAAAUAUUAUCGAUCAGACACGUGUACUUGUCGAUGGUCCAUCAUCACACGUUCGUCGUCAAGCAUUGAAUAUCAAAUCAUUACAUUUAACAAAAUAUGUUCUUAAACUUUUACCAGGAGCACGUUCAUCAACCGUUAAAUCUAUUUGGGAUAAAAAUGAUGUUAGCAAAAAAUGGCAAGAAACUCGUUGGUUUAAAAAAUUACAAGCCAAACAUUUACGUGCAAAAAUGACUGAUUUUGAUCGAUUUAAAUUAGUACAUGCUAAACAAGCAUAUAAUCGUAUUGUGGCUCAUGAAUUUAAUCGUUUGAAAAAGAAAAACAAAGACAAAUUGGUAAAGAAAACACAAAAGACCAAACUUCGAAAAUUUACUGCUAAAUCUCAACGUUUUGCAAAUAAAUUUAAGAUUUUUGCUGCCGCACCAGCAGCUGCUGCUAAGAAGAAAUAA